GGAAACGCCACCCUUCACCUGUAUCCACACUUCAAACCUCUGCAGGAGUUUAAAGGUGUCUCAGAGUACUUGAGCACAGAGAUCUGCACGUCUCGACAGAAACGGUUCAGCUUGGUGACGUUUGUUGAUUCGCCAGGCUUGGUGGACGGCGAUAUGAAGUAUCCGUUUGACGUGGACGAGGUCAUCCUGUGGCUGGGUGAUCUUUGUGACCUAAUUCUGGUCUUCUUUGACCCCAUGGGUCAGGCUCUGUGCAAGCGCACCCUCAACAUUGUGGAGAGCCUGAAUGAAAAGCAUGGAGACCGGCUGCGGUUUUACCUGAGCAAGGCUGACGAGGCCGGAGGAGAGUCGGACAGACAGGUAUGUAUACUAGCAGCAGCUUCUGUAGGAGAGUCAACGCUUUGAACAAACAAAGUUACAUCAUUCUCUUUGUAUUAGAUAAU